AUGAAUGAUGACAGAAGAUCAGAACUGCUGCAGCUGAACCUCGAAGCUUGGAACGGCGAAGAUGUUUUUCCGCUUACGAAUAAGAAACCCGACUCUAGUAUGAAGAGAAAUACCGGCUUUAUAAGGAAACUAAGGCAAGGCAUCACGAAAGAUACAAAGGCAAAUCUGCUCAAAGAUAUUGCCGAGCUUUCAUUGACAAAAUACCUAUCAGAACUAGUGGUUACGGCCAAUGAGGGUUUGAGUAAAGCUUCAAACAAAACGGAGGACAUUCAUGCAUGUGUCGAAGUCAUUAGCUCAUUGCACCAGCGGUUUAAUCAUCAGUUCACACCAGCUUUGAUGGAACUAUUCCUACAGAACUUCACUGUCUGUCAGGUUGAAAGUGAAAACGAAAAGGAAGAAACCGCCAAGGUGGCGAAACUACGCUCAAAUAUCAGAAUCUUUACUGAGCUUUACCUUGCCGGACUUUUCAAUAACGUGGAAUUUAUAUCCAAGGAUAACCUGCCCUCAUUUAUUGCGAAAAGAUUGGCCAAGAAGGAACCCAUAAUUUUCACAGUUUUGAAGGAAACUCUAAACUACCGAUUCAAAACAGGUUUACCAACAACGGUAGCUUCAUCUUUCGUCACAAAGUUUCCACAAUUCUUUUCAGAUGACGCCGAUCAGGAUUCAUCACUCAUUGAUUCAGAUACGAGAAAGCUUCUUAUUUCACUUUUCAAAGCGUUUAGCGAAGCUUCCAUCUCUCAACUCGUCGAACUCAGCAAGACGCUCAGCAAGUUGUUGAAGGAACACCAAAAAGCACAAAUUAGAACUGGAAAAAGCACCGAUGAGUAUAUUGAAGAGCACGAUAGAAUCAUUCCAUCGUUUGAAAGAUUUCGAACCGCUGUAGAGAUCCUCACGGACGUAUUUGGCAUAGAUGCGCCUACACUCGAAAAAGCACCAGAGGAUGUUGCCGUGAACUCGAGCCCCGUAAUCGUAAACCAGCAAAAGUCAGCAUCGGAUAAAAUUUGGGAAAACGAAGAGAUGAGACGUUUUUACGAGGUACUUCCAGAUCUGUCAGACGUUAUGGAGCUCUCAGACGAAAAAGUCUCGGCCGAUUCUCAAAAGCUCAAUGAAUUUUUCCUCGGCUUGGAAAUGGCAGAUACGAAAGAAGCAAUCGAUGAGUUAUCUUCAAGGUUCUGGGCCGACUCACUGAAUAAAAAGGCCACGAGAAAAAGACUUUUGAAGUUUUUCGUUGAGACUGUGGAUUGGAGUAAACUGAAAAUAUACGCUCGUUUUGUUGCGUCUAAUUCGGAAAAUUUGUCAGACGUGACAGAUGAACUCAUUCAAUAUUUGGAUAACGGUUUCAGGAGCCAGCUAUGGUCCAACAAAAUCAACGUCAAAAAUAUCUUAUUUUUCAGCGAAAUGGUGAAGUUCGGGCUUGUUCCAUCCUAUCUCAUCUUCCACAAGAUCAGAACUUUGACAAUGAAUAUUCAAAUACCGAACAACAUCGAAAUUCUCACAGUUCUUUUCGAAAAUUUUGGUAAAUUUCUCAUAAACAGUCCUCAAUACAAGGCGCAGAUGGAAAAGAUGAUUGACUUGAUUCAGCAAAAGAGAAAGGAGCACGAUUUGACAGUAAGCAAUAAAUGUGCUUUGGACAAUCUUUUAGUCUUGAUUUACCCACCGUCUUUGAAAAGUCUCAACUCGGCAUCCAGAGAACUAUCAGCGGAACAAAAGUACUAUCGCAUCCUUCUACGCAAAGAACUUCAUUCGCUACCACCCGAGAGAUUGGUGAAGCUUGUACGGCGUGCUCACUGGAAGGAAGAGUCCAUUCACAAGACGAUGGUAUCUCUAUUUUCCAAACCUGAGAAAAUAAGCUACCAGUCGCUGGAUCUGCUUGCGACCGUACUUAAAGGUUUAUUUCCUUACUAUCGAAAUUUUGUCGUCCAGGUCAUAGAUGGUGUUCUGGAGGGUAUAGAAAGGGGACUAGAGAUAAAUGACUUUUCUUUAAACAUGGUGAGGAUUGCCCAGAUGAGAUACCUAUCUUCGUUGUACAAUAACAACUUACUAAAGAUAGAAGUCGUGCUUGACAUUCUGUUUAAGGUUCUUCUAUCUGGAAGUACACAAGAAGGUCAUUUUCCGGUAUUUGACAACGACUUUGACUCCCCGAGCAGCUACUUCCGCAUCCAUUUAGUCGUCACUACAUUGCUCAGCAUACCCGACUUGUCCCCGAAUAAGCUGAAGAAGCUUCUUGUCUUUUUACGCCUGCUUGAAUUUUACACUCUUAGCAAGGAUCAACCGUUACCAAUGGAGGUUGAAGUAAAGAUUUCAAGAACUUUCAACAGAUUUACAGAGAAUCAGCAAUUCGAAAGAUGCAAAGACGUGGUGGACAGUGGCAAAAAGCUAUUGGAGUGUUUCUCAACACAGCAAGGCAGUGAACUAAACGGGAGACCUGUUGAAGUGGAUCUGGAUGAUGACGACGACGAAGAAGAAGAUGAUGAUGAGAUGUAUGAGGAUGACGACGCUUUAAGUAAAGACGGCGAAAAAGAAAUGGAGAGCGAGUACGAAAUCGCCGACAAUAUCGAGAGCGCUGUCAAAAAUUCCAGCGACGAAACGGAUAGCAGUAGUAGCGACUCUGAUGAUAGCAAUUACGCAGAAGAAGAAGAUGAUGACUCUGAUGACGAGUUAGAGCGAAGGCGUAUGCAAGAAGCUCAUAUAUCGAAGUUGAGGUCUGCAGAAGAAAUAAAGGCGGAGGAGGACCUAGAAAGACAGUUUCAACAAUUGGUUCAAGAAUCUCUGGAAAGUCGUAGAAAUGAGAAGACGUCCUCGAGCAAUAUUUCAAUGAUACCCUCGGGCUAUAGCACAAGUUCCGAAACUGGCAGAAUUUCUGCCCCUCCGACUCCUCAUGAAAGUCAUGAACUAAAAUCCAAAAAGGUGGCAUUUACAUUCUUAAGCAAGUCUGGAAAGAAAACUCAAGCAAGAAAAUUAGAACUCCCUCGAAACGUUACGUUUGUUUCAGGAGUGUUGGAAGAGGAGAGAAAGCUCAAAGAAGAGAGAGAAAAGAUUAAAAACAUAGUUUUAAGCCAGAAAUUUGAGUAA